GAGGAGGGGGCUGUUCGGCGCAGGCGCAGUGGGUGCCUCUAUUGUCUCUGGCUGCUCUUGCCUCCGGUGGCCGUCAGAAGAAGAAGAAGGAGAAGGAGGAGGAGAGGGCGAGGGAGGCCAGGCGUCGGAGGGCUGUGUGGCCGCUGCUGCCUCUGCCUCUGCCUCUGGGGGAGGAGGGCCAUGUGGGGCCCGGGGCGGAGGGGCUCCCUGGCGGCGAUGGCGUCGGGGCCCGGGGCGCCUCGUCCGGGGCCGGAGCUGCCGCUGGGCGCGUAGAGCGUCGGAUGCUCGGGGGCGGAGGCGGGGGCGUCCCCAGGGGGCGCGGGUCCUCCGGCGGGGAGAAGGGAACCGCCUCCGCCGCCUCCGCCGUUGGGCGAGGGCCAUGGGGGCCAAGCAGAGCGCCGCCGGAGCAGGAGGAGGGCGAGGGCGAGGCUCCCCCGAGGCAGCCUCCUCCGCCUCCUCCGAGGCCGCCCUGCCGGGGCCUGGCCUGGGCGCCUCCCGCGGCCUCCCCUCCGCCCUGGGCCUCCGCAGCCGCUCGGUCAGCUCCGUCGUCUCCGGCGUGGGCCUCCUGGAGGGCGGCAGCGCCAACGCCAGCCUCCCCUUCGGACUCUACGCCGCCGGAGCAGCCUCCUCCUCCUCUUCUUCGGCGGCAGCAGCAGCAGCGCCUUCCUCGACGACGACGGCGGCGCCAGCAGAGAUGCUCCUCCGCGGGACGGGCCCCGACUCCGCCCCCUUCGCCCCUGGCAACGGUUUCCAGGACAACGGAGGCGGCGGCGGCGGUGGUACCCAGAGGGACCCAGGAGGAGGAGGAGGAGGAGGGAUGCUGUACCUGGGGCCCAGGGCCUCCGCCCUCGCCGACGCCCUCCCCAUCCACCUCACCGCCCCACGAUGGUUCAGCGCCCACAGCGGUUUCAAGUGCCCCAUUUGCUCCAAAUCCGUGGCUUCCGACGAAAUGGAAAUGCACUUUAUCAUGUGUCUGAGCAAACCUCGCCUCUCCUACAAUGAUGAUGUGCUAACCAAGGAUGCAGGCGAGUGUGUCAUUUGCCUGGAGGAACUUCUGCAAGGGGACACGAUAGCCCGGCUUCCAUGCCUGUGCAUUUACCACAAAAGUUGUAUAGAUUCUUGGUUUGAAGUGAACAGAUCCUGCCCAGAGCACCCUUCAGAUUGACCCUGGCAAUGCUUGCUGAACGCUCCCAAGGGCGUCCCAUCAACCAUCCUUCCCACAUCCAGUCUCCUCCAGUAGAAGCUCUGGAAGCCGCUGGGAUGGCAGCGAAAAAAGGAGACGGGGGAAAUGGUGUUCUCUUCUGAAAAAGGGGCAGAUGAGACAUCCCCGUCUCCCAAAAGGAAAGAGAAGCUGCUGCAUUUUUGAGGCUGUACCCAGAGAGAGAAAGAGGGGUCUGGGUGUUUGGGGCGCAAGAGCCCAGCAGCCACUUCGCGAGUGCCACCAUGAUGUUUGUUUGGGCCAGAACUGGCCGCUAGCCGAGCGUGGGAGCCACCGCCGUUCGAGGAGAACUCACACUUUUUUGCACUGACCAGGCGGUACAGUAUAUAUUUUCCCCCCUUUUCUCUUUCUCCUUUCCCCAAAUAUCCCACAUGGAACUGGAAGAGGAGUCCCGCCACUUGCCUGUCCGUCCCGUCCCUGCACCACACCCCGAGGAGGAAAAGGCCUUUUCCGUCACGUUUUUUUGACGGCGUCGUAGGUUUGUCUUUUCAAGUGUUUACAAAACAAAAAAACAGCCAUUUUCGUGUCAACAGAUGUGUGUUCCUGGUGAUGUUUACAAGACUGCAUCCUCUCGGCCUCCCAGCGACAGUCUCUCGAGGAGUUGAGAAGCUGGAUCUCCCAAGACCCUCCUCGGCCUUCGCUCUUCCUCCCUUGUCCCCCCAACCAAACCCACCCUUUUGAUCCCGGGGACACCCCCAUUUCAUUGCCAAAAGUCUCGCCCUCCCGGUUUCCCCUUUCUCUCUUAAGUCUCGGUUUGAACUCUCCGCGCUGGGAUGGCUUCGGGGCGAUUCUGAAGGGCUGUCGCCAUUCACAAGUGUCCUGCUAAGAUGCCUGAACCUUUCUCGGCCCUUGUGUGGGAAAACAAAAAGGGUGAUUUCUUUUUCUUCUUAAAAGCAAAACACAACACACACACAAACACACACACACACACACCAGUCCACAUUUGAGCACGAAGCAGAGACCGUCUCAGCCAUGGAGGGGGAAAGGAAAGCCCCUGCAAGUAGCUUCCAUCCAGCAAGAAAAAGGUGUCUGUAUUUAUAUAGCAAAAUGACGAACUUUGAAAAUGACAAAAAAAGAACAAAACAAAAACAUUCAAAGCUUGGGAAGAGAGAAACUUCCCCUAUUAGUCAAGGUGUUUUGAUAUGGUAUUAAAUAAUGUUCAAUAAAAUAGUCACUGUUAUUUUA